AUGGAGGGUGAGCUGACUGAACUUCUUACGAAAUUUUCUUUAGCUGGAAAUGAGCUCUCUGGAGCUUCACUAAACAUAGAGGACCUAAACAGUGGUAUUAGAGAAUGCGAAGGAAGUUUGAUUGGUAGAAUCAUGGGGGAAAAAGUUGCUAACUUUACAGGGAUAAAGAACUUCGUUGCUGUGGCAUGGAGUUACCCCAAAAAUUUGACAGUAAUGGAAUUAGGGCCAAAUUUGUAUCAGUUUAACAUUCCUAAUCCGGAAGAAAAAGAAAGAAUUGUGAAAGGGGGACCGUGGUUGAUAGAUAACCAAGUGCUAGUCCUUAGAAGGUGGUCAGAAGGGGUUGAAGAUAAUUAUAGAGCUUUUGUUACAGCACCAUUGUGGGUGCAACUAUGGAACUUGCCAGUGCAUUGGUUGACUAAAGAGGUUGGUAGGAAAAUUGGAGCAGUGUUUAAGGAAGUGAAAGAGGUUAUUAUCCCUCAAUCUGGAGGAAAAGAGGGUAGACACAUCAAAAUUCUGGCCCUUGUAGACCUUUCUACACCCCUCCUUAGAGGAAUAGUGGUGCAAACAGCAAGAACGUUUAAGUGGGUAGUGUUCAGGUAUGAAAGAUGUGCAGACUUUUGUUAUAAUUGCGGUGUUGUAGGACAUAGUGAAAGGUCAUGUAAGGAACAGAGAGUUACGAUGGCUAAGCUCUCAGAGAACCAAUAUGGCCCCUAG